GCGUCCCCACCUUUUUUUGCUCAUUCCGCAAAUGUCCUCUGUAGACAAGCAUCCUGGGAUCUGCGAUGACGGCAUUGUCAGCACGGUGCUGGCGUACAAGUGCGUCUUUGUACACACUUGUUUGCUUUGCAAGGGGGCCACGCCACGAUGAUGCGAUGAGCCCUAAAAGAAAAGGACAAAGGUGAGCAAGGUGGAAGGAAUGAUCACAAUACAUCUUUUGGUUGUCACCAGGCCUAUAAAGAGGUCAAAGUCACAUACAACUAGACACACCAGGCUUCAAGUCAUCUAAGACGCAGAAACACAAGUCAACACUGUGUACAUACUUGUGAGAUUUCAUUUGCUGAAAAAAAUGCUUUUGCUAAUCCUGCUCCAACUCCUGCUCAUUGCAUCCAUAAAUGCUCAGACACCUGCCCUCACUACGUCCAAUGCUGUGACCAGCAAUGCCGUGACCACAGCCGGUAACGCCGCGACUGGCAAUGCUGCAACCACAGCUGGCAAUGCUGUGACCGGCAAUGCUGCAACUACAGCUGGAAACGUAGCAACUGGUAACGCUGCAACCACAGCUGGUAACGCUGCAACCACAGCUGGCAACGCGGCGACCGGCAAUGCAGCAACUACAGCUGGAAACGUAGCAACUGGUAACGCUGCAACCACAGCUGGUAAUGGUGCAACCACACCUGGUAACGCUGCAACCACAGCUGGCAACGCGGCGACCGGCAAUGCCGCAACUACAGCUGGAAACGUAGCAACUGGUAACGCUGCAACCACAGCUGGUAACGCUGCAACCACAGCUGGUAACGCUGCAACCACAGCUGGCAACGCUGCAACCACAGCUGGCAACGCAGCGACCGGCAAUGCCGCAACUACAGCUGGAAACGUAGCAACUGGUAACGCUGCAACCACAGCUGGUAACGCUGCAACCACAGCUGGUAACGCUGCAACCACAGCUGGCAACGCGGCGACCGGCAAUGCCGCAACUACAGCUGGAAACGUAGCAACUGGCAACGCUGCAACCACAGCUGGUAACGCUGCAACCACAGCUGGUAACGCUGCAACCACAGCUGGCAACGCGGCGACCGGCAAUGCCGCAACUACAGCUGGAAACGCUGCAACCACAGCUGGUAACGCUGCAACCACAGCUGGUAACGCUGCAACCACAGCUGGUAACGCUGCAACCACAGCUGGUAACGCUGCAACCACAGCUGGUAACGCUGCAACCACAGCUGGCAACGCGGCGACUGGCAAUGCCGCAACUACAGCUGGAAACGUAGCAACUGGCAACGCUGCAACCACAGCUGGUAACGCUGCAACCACAGCUGGUAACGCUGCAACCAUAGCUGGCAACGCGGCGACCGGCAAUGCCGCAACUACAGCUGGAAACGUAGCAACUGGUAACGCUGCAACCACAGCUGGUAACGCUGCAACCACAGCUGGUAACGCUGCAACCACAGCUGGUAACGCUGCAACCACAGCUGGCAACGCGGCGACCGGCAAUGCCGCAACUACAGCUGGAAACGUAGCAACUGGCAACGCUGCAACCACAGCUGGUAACGCUGCAACCACAGCUGGUAACGCGGCGACCGGCAAUGCCGCAACUACAGCUGGAAACGUAGCAACUGGCAACGCUGCAACCACAGCUGGUAACGCUGCAACCACAGCUGGUAACGCUGGGACCGGCAAUGCCGCAACAACAUCUGGCAAUGCUGUGACCGGCAAUGGCGCAACCACAGCUGGAAACGGAGCAACUGGCAACGCCACAACUGGGAGUGCAAACACUGGAGCAGCAACAAAUGCUAACAACUCAACGACGACAAGCGCCGCUGUCAUGUCAACCCGCGUGAACUGGGUUCUUCUAAGUCACCUCUGCGUGGCACUCCUUAAACUCUACACAAUGUAAAUACACUGGCUUUGUUGAUUUCAUUUAAAAUGACACCAAAUGUACGUUGACUGGUCGAAACAAAGAUCCGGAUGAUGGCGUGUUUUAUUGUUGUCAUUGAAAUGAGUCAAAUAUAUUUAACCAAGACUUAAUUUAACAUGUUGAUUAUUGUACCGUGUUCAAGUAUUUUUGCCCCAUCGUUUCUACUGCCAUUUAUAAAUAUGUACGUGUGACUGAAAAUAUGGAAAGGCAAUAUUGUAUAGCUAUUGUAACUUAUUUAAAUGGUAUUCAUUGAGGAAAAUAAAUAAUAAAUUUAUGCAAAGGUAUGCUGAUUUUUAUGACUUUUAUUUGGUCAAAACCAGUUGAUCUUUUGCAUUAUAUCAGUUAACGAUAUAGGUUGACAAUUUCAAAUACAAAACCAAGUACCUGCUUGAGGAGGAAAGGUGGAACGGCCAAAUUAACAUUAAUACUGAAACAUGAAAUCAAUCAGUCGUGUACUUACCCAAACAGAAAACUGCAAUGCACGCAGACGUUUAGUCAGCCGUGUUUUCAGUUGCAGUAACGCUAUACGACCACACGAUGGCGAUGGAACUGCAAGUUUAUUUUGAAUUUCAGCCUCAUAAAUACUAGACAUCAGAUUUGUCAGUCAAACGCUGAAAAGGACUCAAAUCUUGGAAACGUUUAUUACAGUUCAAGUGUGUCACAUGCAGUUGCUUUCUUUUUAAAACAAAUAACCAUGAAAUUAGCCAAAUAAAAAGAUGAGAACAAAAUCAUAGUAUUUUCCUCUCAAAAUAGUAAGAUACAAAAAUAGAGCUUACAAAUACUGUACAGGUAUUAUUGUCUCCAAAAAUAUUCUGCUGCAGAAUUCUUAGUUUUACAAACAAUGUCUGUGAACGUCCACAAACAGAACAUUUGUGUAAGUCAAGGUUGCUAUAUUUUAUAUUAUUAUUAUUAGUGGGGGGGGGGGGGGGGGGGGGGUUGUGUGCGAUGGGCACAACAAAGCUACAGAGGAAUAAAUAACAUGUGCUUGACCUUAAAGCAUCCACAAAUAUUCAAAUGAAACUCUCCAUUUGUAACAUUCCUUUUGCUCUUUUACACAACAUUUGUUCAAUGAUGCAAAAAUAUCCUGCCUUUUCAUUGCAUUAGUACUUUGACUAGAAUCAGGAUGUUUACAUUAUAAGACGUAAGACUUAUUGAUGGAAGGAAAUGAUAGUUUAAAGUGAUGUCCAAAACUCUAGUUAUGCGAGUUGUGGGUGAGUGGGGGUUGGUGCACCCCGUUUAAAAGUGAUCUUGUGGUAUCAAUACACUAGCAAUGCAAAUGUUAAAGUGGUGAUGGGAAAAUACAGAAUAAAAACUGCUAAUUUGUUUGUUCAA